AUGGCCGUUGCAAUCCCGAGCACGAAGAGACGGAAACUGUCAGAAGUACAACUUGAAGAUGUGCCAAACUGGAUUCGUGAGCAAAUGUGCGACUUGGAGUAUGAUGAAGAUGUCGCAAACAAGGUGGUAGAUGCACUGUCCGUUUUUCCAAGAAAGGUGCUGACAGAAAUGUCGUAUGAAAACAUAGCACUCGUUUUGACAGAAGCCCAGAUCGACGAGAGCGUUGUGCGACCAGUAGCAAUGGGUCUGUCCAACCGCAUUCAGAAGGGCAUUACCCAACCACAACCCGUUCAGAGCGAUGUUCCCGAGAAUGUCAAGGCCUUCGCACGAGCUUUGGAUGAUGCAGAGCUGGAAGGGCAAAUCCUGAAAACGGAAACGGGCAGUUUCAAGUUAGAACAGAACUCUGAAAUUUGGGACGAAAAGCAGUUCUACGUGCGGGACUGCUACAAAGAGAUUGCCGACAUCAUGUUGAAGAAAAAACCUCAUAGGAUGUCUUUGCUGGGCUCGUCUGGGAUCGGCAAGUCCAAUUUUAUGGUAUAUUUAAUCUGGCGUCGCUUCCAAGACAGUGAGCUUAAAGACUUCCCAGUUUUUCUGCACCAGAGGGACAUCAUCCAUCGGUUUCAGAAGGGCGAAGAGCCAAAGAAGGUCGAUGCCGAUACUUUGUAUUCAGCCUCUGCACAAGCUUUGUAUAUCAUGGAUGCCGACAUUGAUGUGGAACAUGGGGUCUUUUGCCAGUCUUUGUGGAUUACCUCUGCGCGGAGGCCCGAGACAGCGGCUUCCAACACGGAACAUUUCAAGCAAGCCGAGCGCUUUUCUGGGCAGUUCUAUAUGCCACCAUGGACGUUGACGGAGAUGCUGAGUGCAGAGGUCAUGGCCUUACACAAGCUGAAUGAGGAGGUUGUCAAGGAACGCUUCGGCAUCUUUGGUGGCACUGCGAGGCUUGUUUUGGAGAGGGACGAGACAAGGGCAGGCGUCGACCGAAGAAGGCUCGUAGAGGCCGUGCAGUCAGCAGAUGCGCUGCAAUGCCUUAAAGUAUCGUCUGACAUGAAAGCCAUAAGCAAGACGACGCACUUGCUGGUGAAGAUGAUGCCAUGGCCAAACUUCAGCUGGUUUGAUGUGCAGUUGUCGUCUCCCUAUGUUCGGCAAGAGCUGGUGAAGCGAAACAGAGCAAAACGAGCCCAAGCUCUUUGGGAUCGUAUUGAUGAUGGGAUGAUUACGGGCAUCGGUUUUGCAUUGUUUGAGGAAGAGUUCCACCAGUUCAUGCAGGACAAGUCCAUCGGCAAGUUCAAGCUCCGAGCCAGAUGCUUGACAGCUGAGGGGAAGGGGUCUGAUACAACACAGGAACUCCAAGGUGGUCUUGAAGGAGUGCUGAUUUCGGGCAAUCCCGCAGCAGACAUCAAGGAUGGCGAAUACUACCAGCCGCAGAGCAAAAACUUUCCUGCCUUUGACUCAUGGACCUCACAGGGCGUUUUUCAGCUGACGAUUGCCGAUACACAUGACAUCACCUUCAAUGACAGUGGCAAGGCAAUGGACGUGACGAAGACGCAGGCGUAUAAGAUUGUGGAUGCACUUUGCAAGAAGCAUGACAGCAAAGCCAAAUUCUUCUUUGUCGUUCCGCAGUUUCAGUUUGAUAAGUGGAAGACUGUGCAGACAGUGAAACAGCCAGAGAUGGCUGAGAAGAUUGAGCAAUGGGUUGUCUGCUUUGAACAGAACCUUCCGAAGUGA